AUGGCCGAGCGCAUCCUCAUGAACGAAUUUAAGGCCCUUCUCAAAGAGAAGUGGGUUCACGUCCAGUUGCACAAUGAUGACAUCUUCAACUGGGAUGUCGCCCUGAUCGUAAUCAACCCGGACUCUAUGUACUACGGCGGCUACUUCAAAGCCUCUAUGACAUUCCCCUCCAACUACCCCUACGCCCCACCAAAGUUCCGCUUCCUGAGUCCGAUCCACCAUCCAAACAUAUACACGAACGGCAAUCUAUGCAUCUCCAUCCUUCACGCGCCCGGCGAAGAUGAGAUGUCCGGCGAACUUGCCUCGGAGCGCUGGUCUCCUGCCCAGCGCGUGGAAUCGGUCCUGAUUUCCAUCAUCUCUCUGCUUGACGAUGCCGAGCCUUCCUCCCCCGCGAACGUCGACGCUGCCGUCUUGUUCCGCAAGGACCCAGAACUCUACCGUCAACUUGCGAAAGAGGAUGUUGAGAAGUCAAAGCUCGAUAUUCCCGCCGGCUUCGAGAUGCCCACACACGAUACUCCCGUUCGCGAGGUUGCCGAGAAGGAAGACCACGAUUUCUGGGCUGAUAGCGAUGCAGACAGCGAGUUCGGUGGCAGUGACUCUGACGCAGAACUCGACAUGGGCGUGUCUAGCGGUAGUGAUCUAGAGCUGGAUGAGGAUGAAUCGCCCGACGAUGAUUCCACAGAGACGAAGAAGGCGUAA